GGGUCAUUGGUAAAAAAAAAGAAAAAAGAAAAAAAAAGGGAAUAUCCAUGAGUGGUUUUUGUGCCUGUCAAUCUCCCACAACUCCACUUUUAGUCGGUCACACGCAGCUACCGUUGUCAGACUUAAAUCAUUACCACAGUUAGAUCUCACUGCCGCCCAUCGCUCUAGUUAGUCGGUAUAUUCCCCCUCAUAUGAUAACGCACUAUUUUUUUUUAAACAACAGAUAAAGUAACAACAUGAAUAAGAGUGUUUGACACCUGAGCAACUUAUUAAGAAAGAGGGGAAAAAAAAGGCUCUCGGCCUGAUAACAUUACAAGACAUGGCUGCAAUCCGACUGCCAAUUUGCGUGAUGACUGUGGUGAAUUAAGAUGCUAUCCUAAAGCUAAACCCAAAUAACAGUAAAAAUUAAUGGCCUCCUCCUGUGACAGGGUGUUUUUUUUUUUUUUACUACCCCCCUGCAUCUAAAAGGUGGGCACAUUUGAUUUGCGCGUCACAAAGUUGGACGGUUAAUGACCCCCUUUGCAAUGUUUAGUGGAAGAAAAAAAAGGAAAAUAAGGUUAACGUAACGUCAACUGGAAAACAAAUCAGUUAAUAUGCAAAUACUAAAUCCUGUCUCUCUCUCUAGUGCUCUUAGCCUAGCCUGUGUCAUAUGGUCUGCACUGAAUAGACGCAGGAAAAACAGCCUCUCUGGUUGCUGGUAUCAACAGAGCAACCGUCCACCAUGAGACUGAAAACAUCGCUGCUACCAGAGCCUAAACAUAAGGAACUUGUGAGUUGUGUUGGCUGGACUACAGCAGAUGAGUUGUACUCGUGCAGUGAGGACCACCAGAUCCUCAAGUGGAACCUGCUGACCAGUGAGACCACUCUGGUUGUCAAGUUGUCAGAGGAAAUUUACCCCGUAGACCUACACUGGUUCCCAAAAACCAUUAGUGGCAAGAAACAGAACCAGUCUGAGAUCUUUGUCCUUACCAGCACUGAUGGGAAGUUCCACCUGGUCUCUAAGAUUGGGCGCAUUGAGAAGAGUGUUGAAGCGCACAAAGGAGCAGUUUUAGCUGGAAGAUGGAACUAUGAUGGGACAGCUCUUAUCACAGCUGGAGAAGAUGGGCAGAUCAAGAUCUGGUCAAAAAGUGGGAUGCUACGCUCAACACUGGCCAGUCAAGGAUCUCCUGUUUACUCGGUGGCAUGGGGUCCAGACUCAGACAGAAUCCUCUACACAUCAGGAAGACAGCUAGUCAUCAAGCCUCUGCAACCUAGCUCCAAAGUCAUACAGUGGAAGGCUCAUGACGGGCUUGUUCUGAAGGUGGACUGGAAUUCAGUCAGUGAUCUCAUACUGUCAGGUGGAGAGGACUGUAAAUAUAAGGUCUGGGACAGCUUUGGCCGUCUGCUUUACUCGUCGUCGUCUCAUGACUACCCGAUCACCUCUUUGUCCUGGGCACCAGAUGGAGAGGUGUUUUCUGUGGGCUCCUUCAACACUCUGCGGCUCUGUGACAAGACUGGAUGGUCCUAUGCGUUGGAGAAGCCCAACACAGGCAGCGUGUUCAGCCUGGCCUGGUCUGCAGACGGCACACAGCUGGCUGGAGCCUGUGGCAACGGACAUGUCAUCUUUGCCCAUGUGGUGGAGCAGCAUUGGGAGUGGAAGAACUUUGUGAUCACGCUUACCAAGAGGAGAACCAUGCAGGUAAGGAAUGUGAUGAACGACGCAGUGGACGUUUUGGAGUUCAGAGAUCGAGUCAUCAAAGCUUCUCUGGCAUACGGUCACCUUGUGGUCACCACUUCCCUCCAGUGCUAUGUCUACAACUCAAGAAACUGGAACACUCCCCUCAUCUUUGACCUGAAGGAGGGAACAGUGAGCCUCAUCCUGCAAGCAGAGAAACAUUUCCUGCUAGUGGAUGGAGCAGGUCUGUAUGCGUUCUCCUAUGAGGGCCGAUUGAUAUCUUCCCCCAAGUUCCCCGGUAUGAGAGCCGACAUCCUUAAUGCCCAGGGUGUCUCGCUUAGUAACGACACCAUUGCCAUCCGGGAUAAGAGUGAUGAAAAAGUCAUCCUUCUCUUUGACGCCCUGACCGGAAAAGCCCUUAGUGAUGGAAAGCCCUUAACUCACAAGCUGGAGGUGGUGGAGGUAGCUCUGGACCAGUGUGGCCCAUCCACCGAAAGGAAGAUUGCCCUGAUAGACAAGAACCGCGACCUUUACUUGACCUCUGCGCGUCAUCUCGGGCGGGAACCCAAAAUCUGCAAAAUUGGUAGCAUGGUUCACUGUAUGGCAUGGAAUGAUGGCGCUAACAUCCUGUGUGGCGUCCAAGACAAUCAGCUAACUGUGUGGUACUACCCGAGUGCUGUCUUCACUGACAAGGACCUGCUGCCAAAAACACUGUACAUAAAGGAUGGAAGUGAAUUCAGCCGUACACCCCACAUUCUCAGUUAUGUUGGCACCAAGGUGGCAUUACGGCAAGGAGACGGCUCACUGGUGUACAGCAGUAUACCGCCCUACCCAGCACUCCUGCAUAAUUACAGCACCUCUGCACGCUGGGAGGAUGCUCUGCGCCUCUGCCGCUUCGCCAAGGACCAAUCUUUGUGGGCAUGUCUUGCUGGUAUGGCUAUGGCAAACAGGGAGCUGACCACAGCAGAGAUGGCCUAUGCUGCCAUUGGAGAGUUACCUCGGGUUCAGUACAUCAAUUUUAUAAAGGAGCAGCCAUCUAAGGAGUCAUCUUUGGCCCACAUGCUGAUGUUCAGUGGUCAGGUCCAAGAGGCCGAGGCCACUUUGUUACAAGCUGGUCUCAUCUACCAGGCCAUACAAGUCAACAUUGACCUUUUCAACUGGGAGAGGGCACUGGAGAUGGCCGUCAAACACAAGACCCACGUGGACACUGUGCUGGCCUACCGGCAAAAGUUCUUACAGAAAUUUGGCAGGAAGGAGACCAAUAAGAGAUUCCUGCAGUAUGCUGAAGGGGUUGAGGUGGACUGGGAGAAAAUCCAGGCGAAGAUAGAGAUGGAGCUGUCUAAGGAGAGAGAGAGAGCUGCUAAUGCUUCUGUGAGGAGCAGCGUGGCCUCGCGACGUUGAUGCUCAGGGGACCUUUCUUUUUAAAACAUCAGCUUUGCAGAAAUUGAUUCCCAUGUGUUUUUGACAUUUGGUGAAUAUUAGGUGGUUUGGCUCGGCCUCGGAGUAAUAAAAAAAUGUUGAACUACAAUGUUCACCACUAGUUCUACGUACAAUAAUUUCAAGAAAAAAAACAACAAAAGGGACCAUUUGGAGAUGUGUAGUCCAUUAGUAGGCCAUGAGGAAUAUGACACUUAUAGUUGACUCCUUCGCUACAAUCUUGUUUCGUACGCUGUGUAAUAUAAAACAUUCACACAACAUUGUACACGAUAUUCUGUUACCGCGGGAGGAUGAUUCGACUUUUGAUAAGAGUAUCUGUAUUUCUCAGCAGCAGCACCAUUAUGGCCUCAGCUUCUCAGCGAUUUCAGUGCAUCAUGCACAAAUCUCUCGCUUUGGUUUGUUUUCAGUGACGUUUGACUUGCGUGUUUUUUAUAUGCAUAGAUAUUUUUACUGUUUAUAUAUUAAAAACUUUGCCUUCUGUAAACACUAAAAAGAAUGUAAUUUAAUAAAAACAGAUGGAAAAACUGUAUAUUCAGCCAAAA